AUGUCAACAGGCAAAUAUAACACUCAAAGGGAGAAGGCCGAACUCGUCUUCUCAAAUAUGACAAGCAAGACCAGUCUGACAAUUUACGGAAGCGUUAAUUGUAGCGCAGCUUUGCUUUUCUGGACCGUAAAUUUACUAUAUUUAAAGGUGAUAUUAAAAGUUGAAGCUAUGGAGAAGAGUCUCUACAUCCUAUCAAUUAUAAAUGCAAUUUUCGACAUGAUACAGCUGGUCUCCCAUUUUUACAGCGGCGUAGUGUUAAUUUUGGGGAAAAAGCAUGAGGCAGAACACAUCGAUCAGAUUUUUGGUGCGUUCCUGUCCUCUUCAUGGAUGCAAAUGACUCUCAAUAUAACACAUUUUACUAUUAUUCGACUGUUGAUUAUUGUAUCUCCUACAGCGAUUAAAAAAAUCUAUAAGAAACCCCUUAUGGUAAUUUUGCCUUCGACUGUAGUAUUUAUUAUUUUGCUGCUACUUGAAGGUAGCCCACUGGCGGCAUUUAACUUCGAUCUAAAGUCCUUCUCGUGGUUUUUUGAUGAGGAACGGAUUUUGUCCAACGUUCUGGAUUAUAUGGAUAUCGUUCUGACAAUCACAUAUUUGUCAGUAACCGCAGUCUCUUAUUCAAUAAUUGCUUUCAAACUUCUCGUUAAUAUCGGAGGACGACGUGAGACAAUAAUAACAAUGCAGGUGCUCCUGUAUUGCAUUUAUACAUCCUUCACUUUUGUGUUCUGGGUUUUUAUUGACCCUGUGGUUGUAUUCACACCACCGUUUCUGUUUAUGAGUAAUUUUCUAUGGAUUAUUUGGAAUGGACUUUCUCCUACGUUAGAAAUUAUAUUCAAUGAGUAA